AUGGAUCAAUGCUCUCCUGUUGCAGAAAUUUCUGAUGGAAAUGUUGAUGGUGAUACAUAUAUGAGAAAUGAGAAAGCUGGUGGUUUUGAAUCUUUGCUGGUUGUGACUAAUGAAAGAAGUGGAGAGGAAAAUCAUAAUUAUGUUUGCAAGAAAGCCAGUAAUGUGACGUUUGAUGAUGAGCGUGGUUUGAGAUGUGAUAAUGAACCUCCAGACAAAGGUUACCAUUCUGAUGUGGAGAAUUCACCAUGUGUGGAAUUUAUAGAGGUAGCAUCUCCAGUCUCUGAAGCUGGAACGUGUACAGAAGCAAUUCAACUGAUUGAGAGAGCUCCCAGACUGGUAGCAUAA